AUGUGGAGGGUUCGGGGAAUUCUCUUUGUGUUGGUGGCCGUUACAUAUUUUGGUCACAUCGAGGGAAGACCCAAACACAAAGCUUCGAGGGAUCGUCUUAUAGAAGAUAUAAGGAGAUUUUUGGAACUUGCUGAAAACGAGGCAAACCGGAUUGAAGAUCAGCGGGAAAAUAAAAGCGAAAACCAGACACGUAACGAAGACGAAAUAGAUAAUAAGAACAUCGAUCCCGAUGAUCCGCAUGGGCAGCUGUUGUCCAGUUUUGGUGUAGUAGUGAAUGGAAAAGUCCUGCACUCUAAGUGGCUUCAUCCAGAAGAUUCAGAAAAGUUUAAGGAACAGAAAUUGGACAAAACAAUUGAGAGAAAAGAAGAAACGGACAAAGAGGGGGAACCCGGAAAAGAGAAACGCAGAAAAAGGAAUUUUGGACCGAGUUGGCCUAACUGGCCAAAAGGCAUCGUUCCCUACAUCUUUGACGACAAUUUGCUUGAAAAUAAAGGGUACUUCCAGGAAGCUAUUGAGGUGUUUAAUAAACUCACUUGUAUUCGCUGGAAGCCAAGGUCAUCUGAAGUAGCCACGGAAGUGGGUCACACCGGAUAUGUUCGAGUUAAAAACGGAUCAAGUUGUAGUUCUGGCGUGGGCUUCUACGGAAGUGAUGAACACGUGAUAAAUUUAGCAGAACCCGGAUGUGGAUCGGUUGGCAUAGCGGUUCAUGAAAUGCUGCAUAGACUUGGACAAAGGCACGAGCAUGUUCGAAGUGAUCGGGAUAAGUAUGUCAGAAUUGUCUGGAAAAAAAUCAAACCCGAUUCCAAGUAUCAUUACUACAGACGCUUGACCUACAACCGAAACCCGUACGAUUUAGAAAGCAUAAUGCAUACGUCCUUUGGCAGUAAAAACACUGUAGUAGAACUCCGAGACAAAAACUUGUUGUUCCUGAACGCCCCAAACGACAAGAUUUUCUCCUACUACGAUUUAAAGGAUGUCCUGGAUCAGUAUGGAUGUGCCGCUCAUUGUACCUCUUCCCCUGUCUGCGAGAAUGGCGGUUACGUGAACGCCACGUGUCAGUGCACCUGUCCAACGGGAUUUACUGGAAGCACGUGCCAGACGGUAGUUACAGAUCCAGAUUGUGGUGGAUACGUUUAUCUAAAGGAGAGUGAUCUUGUUUUAGAGCCAAACAAAGAUGUAUCAGUCACAUCUCCUAAUUAUCCCGGCCCUGUCGCACAGGGGAAAAUCUGUAGAUGGGCAGUCAAGGCACCAGAUGGAUACAUAAUAAAAAUGACUAUAGAUGACCUCCAUAUGGCAUAUAACCCGGAAACAGUUCGGUGUUAUCAUUGGCUUGAGAUUCAGUACAACCUUCCGGGACAACCUGGCAUCCGUCGUUGUGGUGAUAUCGUUGGAGAAACCCACCUGACGUCAGUCGAUUCACCCACGUUAAUGAUCGUUACCAUGGAUACCAAAUUUGCAGGCAGCAGGGUUACACAUAAAGGAUUCAAACUUCACUUUGAAAACGAGAGAGAAGUGUGUAGGGACAACCUUUGUCAGUAUGGAGUGUGUAUUCCCUCCCAGCAGAAGGCGUGCCAGUACAAGUGUGUAUGUCAGCCCGGAUACACGGGGGACAACUGUGAACAAGUUAUUGAUGGUGCUCAACUUAAAUGCACUUUUGAGAGGUUUGAGAAGUGCUUCUUCAGCAAUAUCGAGGAAGGUGAUAACUUUCAAUGGGGAAUUGGUUUUAAACAUAGUAUAUCCACAAGAACUGGACCUGAGGGUGCUUACAGAGGGCAAAGGUUCUUAUUUGCUGAAAUGUCUUUACCCAGAAAACCUGGAGAUAAGGCCAUCUUCAAAACAACAGUACCCCUACCAGAACAGACCGGUUGCCUUUCUUUUGCGUACAACAUGUUUGGCAGAAAUGUUUACAAGCUGUCAUUGUUUUCCGAGGGAACAAACACAACUAAGACAUCAUUGUGGACAAAAGAACGAAACCAAGGAUCUGAUUGGUUGACGGCGAAAGUAAAUGUUCCUGCAACAGUGGGUCUAAAACUGUCGUUUGAGGCUGUUACAGGAGAUUCUUGGGAUGGUGACGUAGCACUCGAUGAGAUCACGUGGGAGUUAGGGCAAUGUGACAUUACCAGUAAAAAGGAGUGCAUUGAACCAGGAAAAGAGUACGAAGGCACACGUGACUACACAAAAAGCGGGAUCAAAUGUCAAGCCUGGGCAUCUAAUGAGCCACACAAAGUCACUUCAAAGUAUGUCUACCUCGCCAAUCAGUCUAACUACUGCCGGAUCGCUGACGAGUCUAGGCCCUGGUGUUAUACCACAUCUAACUCCACACGAUGGGACUGGUGUGACGUACCAUACUGCGCUUCAACUGAGUGUGCUUAUACACCGAACCAAGCCGACUACAGUGGGACGGUUAGCCAUACAAAAACAGGCAUUCCGUGCCAGAAAUGGGACUCCCAAACUCCACACACACAUUCAUAUAACAAUCUCGUGAAGGAUGAGAACUUCUGUAGAAACACAGACGGCAGCGCUGGGGCCUGGUGUUACACACAAGAUCCAGAUAUUCGCUGGGAGUUGUGUGAUGUUCAACAAUGUGAGAAAAUUCUGCGCGACUGUAUUAUGACGGGCAGAGGAUUAGACUAUGCUGGACCUAUUUCCACAACUGCUUCUGGGAAAACGUGUCUGAACUGGCCAGAUGAAUCAAUGAAGGAAGAUGCCAAUUACUGUAGGAACCCCGACAUGUCAUCUAAGCCCUGGUGUUAUAUUCAGGGAGAGAAAGGUCCAAACAAGGAAUAUUGUGAAAUAAAAUCAUGUGCGGAUUCACCAUGUUUUCCAAAUCCUUGUAAAAACAGGGGUCAUUGUGAUGUGGACGGAACAUCCUACAAUUGCACAUGUCUUGAGGGGUUCAAGGGGAAUAAAUGUGAAAUAGAAGAUCUACAGGAAGAAGCUGAUUGUAAAAGAACUACCACAGGUUGGGAAUAUCGAGGAAGGAUCAACGUUACAAAAUCUGGAAGGACAUGCCAAGCAUGGGCGUCUCAGACUCCCCAUUCACAUUCCGUAGGGACGAACUUACCUGAAAACUACUGUAGAAAUUCUGAUAAAGAACCAGCACCCUGGUGCUACACCACAGAUCCAAAUAAACGUUUUGAGCUUUGUGAUAUUCCAGAUUGCGCCACUCCUGCACUAGAAUGCCUCCCUAGCUCGGAUCCUAAAGGUGAACGCUACUUUGGAAGACACAAUGUGGCAGAUACUGGAGACCUAUGUCAAGCCUGGUCAAGCCAGUCUCCAAACACACAUCGCUACUCUCACCUUAGUGACCAAGACAACUAUUGCCGGAACCCGGAUGGUGAGCCCGCCCCCUGGUGUUACACUGUCAACCCUAAAGUUCGAUGGAGCACCUGCAAUAUUCCUCACUGUUGAAAUUAAGGACGUUUUCAUUUUAACAAUCAUUUUAUUCAGCAAAGUGCUGUACUUUUUCUUCGUCGAUUUGCAUAUAGGUAUAUAUAGACUCCCCAUUCACAUUCCGUAGGGACGAACUUACAAUUGUGCCUGAAAACUACUGUAGAAAUCCUGAUAAAGAGCCAACACCCUGGUGCUACACCAAAGAUCCAAACAAACGCAUUGAACUUUGUAACAUUUCAGAUGGUGGUAAAUAUUUAGAUAACUUAAAAUACACAUGUAUAAUUUAACUUUUUUGAGUACUCAUAAGAUUAGAAACAGUUCAAGAAAAAAGAUCAAUAUUAAAGUUUGUUGAUACUCUGCUACGAGAGAUAACUCUCAGAGGUAAAAAUAAUUAAGACAUUUAUUAAAUUGUUAAAAAAAUUAAACGGCCACUUCUGUCAAAUGUUGAUACCGCUGAAAUAUAUGCAUUUUAAUUAUAAAGAAAAAUUCUUUGUAAAAUCUUCAGUAUACAAGAGUGAUCAGAGAGUUGAUGAAUCUCAAAAUCAAAUUUAACUAAGUAAAGGAUUUUCAUUUAGUGUGCGUCUUACACAUUUAAGUCAUAGAACCAUCUCGUUAACAGUGACUCCAGCACUAGAAUGCAUUCUUAACUCGGAUCCUAAAGGUGAACGCUAUUACGGAACACAUAAUGUGGCCGAUAUAGGUGACUUAUGUCAAGCCUGAGACAGAAACCGUUAGUCUUUUCUCUGUUAACUGCCAUUUUGUUCAAUAUAAUGUCCUUUUUUUUUCUUUGAUUUACAAAAAGUAUUGGUUUUUCCUUGCUUGUUUUGUGUUCCAGUUUCGAUACUUUUCAGGCUUACUAUAAAACCUUUGUUGCGUUUUGUAUAUAUGAAUGAUUGUAACCUUUCCAAUGUCAGGCUAUAAAACCUUUGUUGUGUUUUGUAUAUAUGUAAUUGUAACAUUUCCAAUGUAUUAAUUAAGUCUUCUUACAUGAUUCUUUAAUCUUCAUGUUUUACAUCUGGAAUAUUAAGACUGAUCAUCUUAAUAAUAAUAAACAGAAAGACAUUGCAACACAUGUUACUAAAAUAAUCAAACAUCAA